AUGGAGGCGAGGGGCAGGGCAAGGGACAGGUGUAUAUUAUCUAUCUACGAAGUCGCCCUUUUGCAGCCGCGCGCAGGUCCGGCGUGUGUGUAUGCGGUGGUGGAGCGAAACGUCUCGCGCUUCUUCUCUCUGGCGGGUGGCUUCGCAUGCAUGCAGCAUUACAUUCCCGGGUCUCAUCUCUUGCCCACCGGCGCCAGAGCGGCUGUUUCUAUCGAAAUAAUCUCCAUCCGGCCGCAGCAUCAGCAGCAGGGGAAACACACAGUUUGUCUGCCUGGCACACCCGCGCCAUCGGUGAAAAGCAAGCGAGCAAGCGAGCAAGCGAGCAAGCAGCAGCAGGCGCGUCACAUCCUCGAAUAUCAAGGCGCGGGGCGCUUCGGGCGACCAGCGGUAAAGGAUUGAGAGGUCCUCAGGGCCAGGAAAGGGGCUGAUAGGCCAGUUGAAGAGGGUAGGCGUGCAACAAGGGGG